CGGACCAACAAAAAGUUUCAAGUCAUGAAAGAAUAACGAAGCAAUUGCAAAAUAAUGGAUGAAACGACCAUUCCAAAGAUCCCAGCAAAGCUGAUUACCAGGAGCAAGGCUAAGUCAUCCACUGGGUAUAGACAAAUUGUCAAUUUUCUGGACAAUCUAAGCCGUGAUGAAACAGGUGCUCCUGUAAAAUGGAAGUUCAACCAGACUGGGGUGAAAUUGGCCAGAGGUAUUGGCAAGAAAAUAGCAGAUGCAGGAAAGCAAGGGACUGCCCUGAAGUAUGAUGCAAGAACAUCACUUGUGAAGGCUGUAUUGAGAAAAAAAUAUUCUGCAAGUAAGGUUUCUACAUCUGCAAAAGGGAAAAAUUCAUCAGAUGGUGAAGACUCUCCAAACAUGAUCAGUAAUGGAGACACAACAUUAGUUGAAAAUGAAGAGAGAUUACUUCAAAAAUCUGGCAAAAGUGUUACCAAAAAGACUGGAAAAGGAAAGAAUGAGGCUGCUUCAGAUCUUGCGAAUGAUGAGACAGAAUCUGUUCCCAUACCACGCAAGAGAGGACGACCACCGAAGAAAAAGCCGACUCAAGGAUCCGAGUCUAUGCUGGCUUGCUCUGUUGAUGAUCAGAAAACAGCAGAAAGCAUGAGCAAAGUACAGUCUUGGACAAAUCUUAACCAAAAAGUGUUUAAAAAGUCACUGAUUGGAAAGUUCAUGAAAAAAAAUGUAGAAAACAUAUCUUGUGAUGAUUCCGCAGAUUCUGACAGUAGGGUGGACUCUGAAGUUGAAACAGAAAGUGUUAGCUCCAGUGUUAGUUCUGUAUCAGUGAAAAAGAAAUUCAAACAUGUAAAUAGGACAGGUAUUACAUUAGGACCUGCCAAAUUGUUGAGAAGUCAAGAUAGUCUUAUGACCAGAAAGAGUAAAGGGAUGAAAGCAAGUCUAGUUCAGGCUAAUCGUAAGCCAAGAAAGAGAACACUAAGUGGAGAAUUUGAACUGCUAGAUGAAAAUUUACUUAGGAAGAGACUUCGGCAGGAUGAGGACCACCAGUCUGAUGUAGAUAGUGACUUUUCUGAAUGCAUUCAAAAGAGCUCAGCAAAAUUGGAUGACUCCGAAGAAGAGUGUGCAAGUGUUACAAGUGGCUUGAAAGUUUCAGUAGAUAUGUCUAAAAAACAAGUCAGCAGAAACUGCAUUCCAAAUGAUGACAGAGAUACUUCACCCUCGAUGAAAAAAGCUGUGUCUGGCACACCUACAAAUGAUACUUAUACAGUAAUGCAAAAUAACGAUUUUAUUUCAGAACAUCCAAAGAAACGUGGUCGGCCUCCAAGAGGAAAACCACUUCACUCAGCCUCUGAGCAAAUCAAAGCUGGAAAAAAACCCAAACUAUUAGGUCCAAAAUGUGCUCAAGAGCGAGCUCGAAAUAUGCUACUGAAAAAGAACAAUGUGACUGUUCCAAGAACAGGUCUUCAGAUUAUUGGACCAGGAGGAUUAGUGUUCAUGCGGAAGAGUGUUGAACAGCCUAAGCAAAAGCUUUGUAUCAAUGACAAUCUACAGGGACAUGAAACUGAUAUAAAAUUGGAUGUUCCUUUUAAGGAAGAAGUUAGCUCUACUACUGAAAAAUACAGUGAGAAUGACAUGCAGUCUGCGAUAAAACCUGAUAUUUCAUUUGACAUGGAACUUAAACAAACUGAUGAAAGUGUUGUUAAAUCAGUGCAUAUUUCUAUUGAUACAAAGGAAAAUGUAGUACCUCCUAAGGAAGACAUUUCAAAAAAAGAAACAAAAGCUGACAUUAUGUCAAAAACAGAGGAAGAAUCUUUCAGUUCUGUUGACGUUUCAACUGUGGUGAAAUGUGUUGAUGGUAGUGGUCAAUCCAAUGCAGAUUCUUUAAUGAAAGAUAGCGUUUCUGACAAGGAUCAUAAGUUGUUUCAGGAAAACAAUGCAAACAAAACAUCUUUGUCUGAAGUAAGCAUUGCCAAAUGUGAAAUAAAAAAUUCUUCUUUGGAUCCAGAAAUAGAAAAUAUUGCAAAGGAAUGUGAAAUCCCAAGAGAAGACAAUGCUCUGUUUGUUUCUGCAACUGUUAUUCAGUCACCAACAUGUGAGAGUUCAGUUUUGGAAAAGGUUGAACAAGAAAAUCAAGUUACGUCUUCAGAUUUAAAUGGAAAAGAUCCAAGUACGUGCUUGGAACCUAGAAAUGAGGAACUGCCAGUGACACCAUUUGUAAAUGACAAAGAAAUUAACCAAAUGGACACAUCUAAUAUGAAUGAUUCUACCAACCAGGUAUUAUUAGGAAAUAUGUCAAAGGAAACAGGUUGCAAAAGUGAAAACAUUGAAAUGGAUUGUUCUCAAACUGGUUCUGGAGAAAACUGUGAAUCUCUGAAAAUGUCUGUUGGAAAGCAAGAUAUAACUGAUGAUAGUAAAAGUGGAUCAGACGUCAAUGAUUCGGAAACAUCUACCAUUCAAUAUCAAGACACCAGUUGUAAUGAUGCUGACCGAAACGAUAACUUGGAUGUGUCAUUAGAGAGUAACGAAGUUGAUAUGUACAAUUCUGUGUCUCAAUAUACAGAAGAAUCCUACAAGAAAAAGGAUGAUACUGGUGGUAAAAGUGGAAAGGUCAGUCCUAUGUCAGAUGACGAACGUACAGACACAAAAGUAGAUGCUGAAAAGAAACUUGGUGUUAAACGAGAAUUCCAAUUAAGACAAAAGGCAUCAAGGUCACCACUUGAAAUUAUUGCCAUGCGUCAAAGUCAGGAGGAAAGACAAUACAUACUAGAGCAAACUCAAAAGGCAAUGAAACGUGAGGAGAAACAGAAAAAGAUGAGGGAAAGGAUAAAAAAGAUAGAAAAUGAUAAUAUGGAAAAGAAAGAAGACCGGAAGAAAGACGAGAAAGUCAGAGUCGCAGAACAUAUUACAGAAGAAAAUCAGGAUAAAGAAGAUUCAGAUGAAUUGAAGGUAUCAGAAGAGAAAGGUGAAAAGGCCAACAAUGCAGAAGAACAAAUAGAGAAAGAGAAUGAACAUAAAAAAAUCAUUUCAACUCAAACUGACUGCAAAGCAUGUUCGGUUGUACUCAUAGAUUUUGUCAAAUACCUGAAAAUGACCAACAGCUCAUACAGUGUGGAGUCUGGUUCUGUGAUGGAAGAAUGGGAAACUAUUGAAGACACAGAAACAACUCUUUCUGAAGAGAGUGCAGAGAGUAGUGUUCAUGAAGAAACACAGGAAGUAGAAAAUGAACUACUACCGAAAUUGUCAGAAGAGGAGCAAAAUCAAGAUAUGAAUGUGCCAUUAAAGAGCGAUGAUGAUGCUAAAAUUAAUUAUAACAAAGUUGAUGAGAACAAGCCGACAAAGAAAAAGAGAAAGCCGUCUGCAAGAAAACAGGCACGACCUGUCACAUAUAGUGCACAGCUUACAGCAGAAAUUGUGUCAAAUCCUUUCUUUACUGGAGAUGAGACACAGACUGUUCCACCACUUCGCCUUAAAAUUAAACAAAAUAUAAUAGCAAAGCCAAAGCCAAGGUCAAAGAAGGGUAUGAAAUUCACUGUCAAGAAAAGACGAACAGCAAGGAAGGGAAUGCCCUCUGGAAAAGGAUUACUUAAAACAGGAAGUUUAUUGUUCCAGGGUACAGAUGGAACUGCUGAAAAUACAGCCGGUAAGAACACAGACAGUGGAAAAAGUAGUUUUGAGAACAGUUUUGUGGAGUUUUAUCAGAAUAGUGGGAAUGAACUCAAAGUUAAAGCGCACAGGAAACAAAAGAAUACAAAAACUGCAAACCAGACAUUUUCCUUUGAAACAAUUACGGACGAAGAAACUGCUUUAUCAAAGCAAUCACAUUCUGUCAACAAAGAUCAAGAUAGCACGACAGUCUUCCAAUGUACUCACAGUGCAUGUGGGUUUGUGUCUGAAACAAAGCGUGUGAUGGAGUCUCAUAUCUAUGUUCAUUUGAAAAACAUUCCCUUCCGAUGUGUACAUUGUAAUGAAGUGUUCCAGUCACGUGGACUCACAUUUCUUCACAUGCGAAGUACACAUCCAGAUCUAGACGCUAGAAUGGAAGCCGCAGAAAAAGUAGAGGAACGUCUCUACUACAAAGAAAUCAAACAGACUGUGCCAAGUUCUCUGCAGUCGCCAUCAAGAGAAACAACAGUAAUUGAUUCAUCACCUGAUCCUGUUGCGCCGACAGCUACUUCAGUAACAACAGGUUGCUAUUGCUGUAGCCACUGUGAUUUUUCGGCACCUAGUCAGCAGGACAUUCUGAACCAUAUUCAUUCAUUCCAUAGUAAUGACAUUCAGUAUACUUGUACUUUGUGCAAUAUGCCAAUAUCAGGCUCCAAAGAAGGGAUACCAGAUCACUUUGCAAAGGCUCAUCCAAAUCAACCUGUAACUUACAAGUGCCUGCCUGAAUUUUAUGAUGUAACAAAGAACCAACAGAACACGAUCAAUGCUGAUAAAGGGAAUAUCUUUGACAGGAUGAGUGACCUGUUUACUAAUGAUCCACAAGGAUCCAAUGGUAGGCCACAAGUUCAGAAAACUAGUGCUGAGGCUGAUAGUACAACAGCUGAAAUGGAGGUUUCUACAAAUAAGGAGGACCUAGUGGAUGGCAUUGAAGAAUUGGGAAAAUCCUACCAGCCCACAAUGGAACAGACUUCAAAUCUGAAUAACGGAAUUCAAGGGAUACCUGUAGUCUAUGCAGCUGUGCCAACAAUUGCAGGUCCUUCAAGCCUACCACUUGUGGCAACAGGCAUGGGUAUUCAACAACCUCUCAUUUUGCACCAGGAACCUGUCAUUGAAAAUAACGACAUGGGCUUAAAGAUUGUGGAUGUUGUGAGUUUGUCUGACCUGGCAAAUACAUGGAAUCAACAAGCAGAACCACAACAAGAAAAAACUCAAAAUACUACAGCUGUUGGACAAGCCAAUACAAAUAGCAAGACUCCAAAGGCAGCUGACCUUCGGCAAUUACCAAACAGUCAGUUAAAUGCAGACCCACAACAUGCCCAGCUUCAGUUGCAGUAUGAACAGCGUCAGAAACAGCAAAGACUUCAACAAAAGCAACAGCAGAACAUGAAGAACAGCGACAAACAAGAGUGUUUUGGAACAACUUAUAAGUGUGAAAAGUGCAAUGUUCAUGCCCCAAUUCUGUCAGCUAUGGUGGAGCAUUUACGAGUUACACAUAAAGACAUACAAAGAUUAUUCUUAUGUCCGUAUUGUAGACAAUACGAGGGUUCAAAUGAACCGGAGAUACACCGCCAUAUCAAACAGUUCCAUCAAACACCUGAUCAGAAAAGUCCUCCAGUAGCUCUUUCAAGUGCUGCCAAGAGACACCUUAGGACAAUUCAGGUAGCUGUUGAUGCAGAUUCAAAGAAGGUUGGAGAUAAGUUCGUUGUAGAAAAAGACAUCUAUAAAUGCUUGAAAUGUCAAAAACAUAUGCCAUCACUGAACUUCAUCUAUGACCAUCUUGAAAAGACUCAUCAUGAAGUGUUUGUGUAUGUAUGUCCUUAUUGUAAAAUUUUCAAAGCAAAGACAGAAGCACAGGUGUUUCACCACAUCAAGAAUGAACACAAAAAAUGCACCGAGGAUAUCAUGCUCUCUCUUGCCAUAGAGGAAAAUUUAUUCACAAGAGUGCAAUCGUUGGUUAAGGAAAAAGCAAGUAAACCAAAUCAAGUACAAAAGUCUCAACAGGGAGCAAAAGCUUCUAAAGGUUCUCAUGAUACUGAAGAUGAAGUGAUUGUGGUAGGCGAGAGUCAUAAACACGGUGGACUAAACAUGACCUCUUCACCGAAAUCAAUGCCAGCCAACAUACCAGCACCACAAACACGUAUGAGAAUGCCUAUGCAGAAUGCAAAUCCCCCACCAGCACAUUUCCAACAAAGUAAAUCCUCACUUCGAAAGUCAACUCCACACCAUAUUCCACCACAGUCACAACAUUCAGGAAAGGAUCCAUUUGAACAUCAAAAUUAUCAGCAGUUUAACAUUCCACGUAACCGACAUGGGUCAGCACCUCCAAGAAUAGCACAGCCAACAACAGUACCUCCUCCUUUAAUGAGGGCUCCUCCACCUUUACUUCGUUUUCCUUCCGACGGAAAAUCAGCACAUUUGCAAAAUGUAGGAAAUUUAAUGAAGCCAUACGCUAGUCAAUCAUCAGGAAACGUUGCCGUUAAUGCUACAUAUUCACAUGCCAAUCAAAGAGUCAUUUCUCAACAGCAAGGUCAACAUCUAUCCACUGCCAAAAUUAAUACUUCACAAGACAGACAUGUUAUAGCAAGUUCAGCUGGUCAGAUAUCGACUGCACGACCAGUUUUACGUGUCCCCUCAGUAGCAACACAUAUUCAACAACAACAACGUCCUGAUGGCAACAUGAGAAUGUCUCCUUACCAAGACUUUAACCCUAGUCCCGGCUCUAUGGCUCCAGUCAACAGAAAAGGAGACGGUUAUGCUCCUUUAGACUUGAGUAAAUCUCCUGCACCUCCUAGUCGACCAAAAGAUAGUAAUGAUGAAGCUGAUGAUCUGCCGCCAGAUGCAUUCCAAAUUUUCAACCUUCGUCCUUCUUCUCAGCAAAUUCGUUCCCCAAUUGUGCAGCAGCAGAUUCCUCCCAUGCCCCUUCGGAAUAUGUCGCCGGUUGCCAUUCAGGCAAGAUUCCGACAACAGCUGCAGAUGCAGCAGAUGAGUAGAAUGUCUCCACAUAUGGUAAGAGCUGCAAGGCAACCCAUGAUGAACAGACCUCCGCCGUACACUCGUGCUCCGAGGCAUUCAAGAACUGUACCUAGACAUUACACACCACGCCGUGCUAUAAACCAGCCUAUGCCAAACGUUUUGCCCCCUAAAGAAGUAUCAACACCAAUUCAGUCUGAUAUAAUGAUGAAGGACAGUCGAGACAUUGGAGGCUUAGGGCAGAUGCGGGUAUUCAAAUGUCCUUAUUGUCCAGAUGUGGUGCCACUAGGCAUGGGAGAAGUAGCACCACAUAUUGAAAAAGUGCAUCCCGGACAUUCCAUAGUGUUUAUGAAAAUAGACAAGUAAUUUUUUCCCUUGGUAUGAAAUGAAAAUAAGAAAAUACUAUGUGUUACUUAGUAUUUUGCUUUUGUGACAUAACAGUGUACUUUUACGGAAUGCAAGUAACCAACAUUUUCACACCUAAAGGGUUCAUUUUAUACAGAUCUGUUUGGUUUUUGAUUUUUAAUUGUACAUUCAGGUGUUUGAGUGUGAUAGAUUUUCACUGCAAAUGUUUGUUUUGUUCAUAAUAUCUUGCAUUGUUACCAAGGUAACAUUUGUGAUUUUUUUUAUGUUUAAUGGACAUGAAGAGUUGUAUCAAUAGAUACAUAGAAUGUGUACAUUAAAGACAAUUAGCUGCCAAGAGAGUGAAAAGGAUGCAGAGUAGAAUAUUAUAUAUGUGUUCUCGGAAUCCAUAGUAAGUGUAAUCCUUGCAAAGGUAUGCAUAAUUCAAAAUGUCAUUAUCAUAUAUUUUUGUCUGUUUAUACAUGACAAUGUGCAAUGUACAAAGAUGUGUUAAAGUGUAUGCUGUGGUCAACAUUGCCAUUUUUAAUGUUGCUCCAAGUACGUAUUGUAGAUAAAGUUAAAAUGUUCGCAAAGUAGGAGUUUAAUCUCGACAUAAAACAUUUUCGUCAUAAAAGGAAUGUUUUUAUCUAAUCAUCAUGUUCACAAUGUUUUAUGAGUAUAUUGAUUUCCUGUUUUCAUUCUAUCACUGAAGAAAAAUUGAAAACGUAACAGCAGUUGUAACUGUGUCCUUAUAUUAUACUUGUUAUUAAGUUGAUUAUGCAUAUCAAAUUAUUCAAAACGGUAAUACAAUUUGUACCUGUUUCAUUGCUUUUUUAUGAAAUCUUGUAUGGAAGGCCAACAAGUGAAACUUUUAUUAACAUUUUUGUGACAAUCGUACAUUCGUUCUAAGAGUUGCAUGACGUUGCCUCCAGCAUCAUUGCUUCCUUUUUUUAGAUCCAUACUUCGUGGGUAGCAGAAACUGGAAGUAUGUGCAAUUAUGAUUUGCAAAAAUUUAUUGAAAGUUUUAGUGGGGCAAAACGAAUUUCAUUGCAUAGGUUUGAAAAUUCUAUUAAAACAGUGAUCGAUCAACAAUCUACAUUCUUGAGGCCUUUUCAACUUUAUUGCUUCAAGCGAUGGAUCUCACAAUGUAAAACUUUAGUAUUUCCCAGAAAGCAUAUGAGCCCCAUCAAAAUUCUACAGAUACAGGACUUCGGACUUGGAGAUAGAAUUAUCACUAUAUCUAGACGGAACUCCCAAUUCACUUGUUAGACUUGGAAUUCGUGCUAAGAAUGACGAUAUUUAUGUGAAUAACCUUUCGUUCAAUUGUAUAAAAAAAAAUCCUCUUUAAAUGACUUUUGAUCAGUCUUGAAAUUGUCAGCAUUUCAACUGAUGCAAGGCGCUUUUUUUUUUAUAAGUCUGCUUGUCUCGCGCCAACGAAAACAAUACGAAGAGAUGAUAUUUUUUUCUCUCUCCGUGCCUCGUUUAAAGACGGUGCAUUGAUUGUUUUCUCGGAAAUAUUAGUGCUAUAUUUGAUAUAUAAUGCAGUUAUAUGAUGAUUAUAAAUCACGCUUUCAAGAUGUUUUUUUAUAAAACACUUAAUUUUGAAUGAUUUCGCAAAGUUACGAAAAUUCAUAAUGUAGACAGUUAACCUUAUUUUUCCUGAUUUAAUUCACGAAACAACGGUUAAGUGAAGUUAAUUUUUUUCAUUUUAAACAAUUCCGCAGAAUUCUUUUCGCGGUAGAAAAUGAAGAUAAAUCUUAGAUAAUUCAAGUUGUGUUUGUUAAAAAGUUUGGGUUAAAAAUAGAAACAUUGAGUUAUGAACCUGAAAGUGUUUUGAUUCUACGAUUAAUCACUCGCCAAACCUUUAAGACUGAUGAUUCAAUAACAUGUUGUUUAUUCUGUUAUAUAAAAACACUGUUGAUUUCAGUGAAGUAGUGAAUCGCUUAUCUAUGUUCUUUUGAACAUUGGCAAGGAAGAUUUCGCCGUGUUGGAUUUUGUAUUGGGAGUCGAUGCACAUUUUUUGUUUUGAGAUCUAGUUUUGUUUUUGUCAAUAUGUUAUAACGUCGACGUUAAGAACGUUACAUUUCUCUUUGAUAACCUCUUUUGUUUUAAUUACAUAACAUCCGAAACAGUUCCUUAUAAUUUAAUGGCGAUCACAAACGAACAACAGGGUGUACAGAAGUAAGGUUGAUUGUGAAAAUGUAAGCUGAAAAUUUAAUGGUUGUGUUUGGUUCAUUCUUGUGAAUAAUGGCAGAAUUUUUUUAUGUGUGAAUUUAUUGAUAUUUAAUUUCGUGAAGAGCAGUCAGUAUCGCAUGAAUCGUGAGAAAAAGGAUUACUUAUGUCCAUGAAUUAUGUUUCUAGUUGUUGAACAGCGUAUUGUAUAGCUACCGUUUUAUAACAACAUUAUCACACUGAUGUAUAUUGAAUGAAUGAUUUGAUAAAUGGUUAGUUUGCAAUGUGAUACUCUUGUACAGGUACGUACCUUGUCAAGAAUGAAAAUGCCAAUAAAAACGUUUUAGAAUA